CAAAACACGACCGCCUUCCUCUAGCCCUUCCAGUAUUAUCCGACGUACUUCCUCCCUGGAUACACUCGCUGCUCCAUACCUUGCUGGGCACUGGCCUCGCGAUAGUCACGGGCAAGCUACACCUUGCAUGAGGGACAAAGCUACACAGACAGAGAGUGCAUGGGCUGAAGAAUAUUCUGAAAAGAAGAAAGGGUCUCACAAGCGCUCAGCAUCCUGGGGCAGUACAGAUCAACUUAAGGAGAUUGCAAAAUUACGCCAGCAAUUGCAGAGAAGUAAACACAGCAGUCGGCAUCAUCGAGAUAAAGAAAGACAGUCUCCAUUCCAUGGCAACCAUGCAGCUAUUAAUCAGUGUCAGGCUCCUGUUCCAAAGAGCGCACUUAUUCCAGUAAUUCCCAUCACCAAAUCAACAGGCUCCCGGUUCCGGAAUAGUGUGGAAGGAUUGAAUCAGGAGAUUGAAAUAAUAAUUAAAGAGACAGGGGAAAAGGAAGAACAACUUAUACCACAAGAUAUUCCAGAUGGCCAUCGUGCACCUCCUCCUCUUGUACAGAGAAGCAGCAGCACACGCAGCAUCGACACACAGACCCCCGGCGGGGCAGACAGGGGAAGCAACAACAGCAGUCGCUCUCAGUCUGUGUCUCCCACAUCAUUCCUCACCAUCUCCAAUGAAGGUAGUGAAGAGAGUCCUUGCUCAGCUGAUGACCUGCUUGUUGAUCCCAGGGAUAAAGAGAAUGGGAACAACUCCCCUUUGCCCAAAUAUGCAACCUCACCAAAACCUAACAACAGUUAUAUGUUCAAAAGGGAACCCCCUGAGGGCUGCGAGAGGGUCAAAGUCUUUGAGGAAUGCUCGCCUAAACAACUUCAUGAAAUCCCAGCCUUUUACUGUCCUGACAAAAACAAGGUGAAUUUCAUUCCUAAAAGUGGCUCUGCGUUCUGCCUUGUCAGCAUCCUCAAGCCACUCCUUCCCACACCAGAUCUUACUCUCAAGGGCUCUGGCCACAGCCUGACAGUCACCACUGGCAUGACAACCACUCUGCUACAGCCUAUCGCAGUUGCCUCCUUGUCUACAAACACAGAGCAAGAGCGAGUUUCUCGAGGAACGAGUACAGUUAUGCCAUCGGCCUCUCUACUCCCACCACCAGAACCAAUUGAAGAAGCUGAAGGGUAGAUCCCAGUGUUGUGUGGCCAUUGUCUUGGAAAACUGAGAAACUCCUCAGAUCACUUGACUGUGAUGGCAUUGUGCGUACCCAGUUGGCUGUGAUGUGCUCCAGCUCUCCAGUGAUAUGUGACAGUGACGCUUCUGGAAGAAAGCAGUCCCUCUGACGGCUCUGCCCCACUCAUGAAAGCCAACCCUCAGUGCUUUGCCUGGUUUUGCAUAAAGCACUGAUUGAAACAAGAAAGGUCUCAUUCUUUACUAUUGGAGUGACAAUAUCACAUUGUUUUUUGUUUUCCAAUUAGACUUCUUAAAAACAAACAAACAAAAAACCACAAAACCUGAUCCCUGAAAAGAUGAUUCCUGAAGGGAGAUGUGAAUGAUGCUGCAAGAAACAUCUUUUAUAUGAAAAUGACUAUUUUAUAAUACCAAUGUUACAUUUUCUGAAACGUAGCAAACAGGAUGUUCAAAAGAUUCUUUGGUGGCCUCUGUUUCUUGUUUCCAUUUUUAGAUGUGUGCUUUUCUCACCUGUUUUCAGCUUUGGGACCAAAGGGUUUAUUGACAUUUUCCCAGCAAUCUUAAUCUCACGAAUAUGUUCUCCCAAACAAUUGAUAGGUAAAUGCUUUGAAUACGUAUAUAUAAAAAGAGAUAAAAAGCAAUAUUCGUACAUUAUGUGAUUCAUGUUUUUUGAUGUCAGAAGUUUGUGCUUUGGGUGAAAUAUUUGUAAAACAACUGUUGUCUUCACUAUUCCUGUACACAUGUCACCAUAUGGUCAGAAAAAUUAUAGUCCGAAGACAAGUGCUUUAAUAUGUUCUCACCCAUAUCGGAACUUGGUUUAAAAGUCAGUGAGCCAAAAGGAAAUUAUCCAGUGUUGAUUGCUAGCUAGGAGUACAGAGCCCCUUUAGUUUUCUGUGAAAUAUAUAUCACAUGAUCUCCUUCCUUUACCACAGGUGUCAUUAUACCUUUAAUCAUCAUUGUAUCAUAGCCCCAAGAGAUCCUAAAAUGGCUGUGCAUGGAUUUCCUCCUUUGCUUUUGUGAUAUUGUUGUCUUGUGGAUUUGGUCAGGGUUAGUAGUUUGCCAGGAGUGUAAUCCAUUGAAUAGCAAUCCGUAGCCACAGAAUCUUGCAACUAACAUUUUCUUUAUGAUGGUUGGCACUGAGAUUUAUUGCCUACAGAUUUUGCUAGUUUUCCCUCCAACAUUCCAUACAAUGGGGGAAACAAAGAAGAACUUUGGUGCAUAAACAGGCACCUUUGAAAAAUCCAUACAGUUUUGGAUUUGAGCUCAUCCUAGUACAAUAGUAUUUUCAUCUCUGGGUAUGUGGUAGUGAAAUUAAGGAGAAGCUCUUUUUAAAAAAUGAGUUUCAGCAAACAGUGUUGAUAAAAGCACCAUUUAAUAUCUUCAUAGUACCCUAUGAUGUAAUAAUUUACUAAUCCUAUACAUAUAAUAGAAAAAAAUUUUUAAUCCUUAUAAAAGGGAUACAGUUUAGAAGGUCGGUAGGUGAGCUCGUUCAGAUGUAUUCCAUCAAGGAAAACCUAGUGGUAGCAAUAAAUCUGAAAGGACUUUUUAUAUUCAUCCAUCUUUAAAAUAUGCCCUGUUAAGUUUAAGAUGGAUAUGGAGUUAGAUAAAUCAGAUCAAUUCACACACUUGAAUAACUCUAUCAGGUUUUAGUUGGUAGGACUUUUUCCAUCCAAAACUAAUUUUACUUAGAACUAUAUUACCUAUGGCUUCUAAGUCAGUAAAAGCUCAGUUAUUUGGGGUCUAAAUUUUCUGAUUGGUUGGUUUUUUAAAAACCUUGAUUCUUUGCUUCUUUGUUAUGCCUUUUGACUUUACUAUUUCACCACCAAGUAUCGCUCUAUCGGAAGUACAGAAGAAAAGGUAAAACUGAAAUCAGGUGAGUUGCUAUUGAAGGGGGGGAGGAUAUAGUUAAAAACAAGGUUUUUAAAAAACAAUCCUCAGCUUUUUUAUUACUUGAAUUCUAUUAAAUCUAUGUUCCUUCCUUUGCCUUACACUUUGUUCUUUUUUCCUCUUCUAUCUCCAUACCCACUAGUCAAAAGGGGAUUUUACAGCUAAAAUGCCACUUUGUAAACAGGUUUUCCCUUUUACUGUAUUGUGCACAUUUGUCAAAUACACAUCUUUCUGUAGAGUUUCAUAUAUCCUUAAUCUAAAGUAAUUUAAAAUCAGAAUGGAAAAACAAGUUUCAGAUUUACUAUUUACAGUAUUAUAAAUAGAACUUCUACUCUAAUAAUUGGUCAUAAGGAGGAUGUGAAUUUGCCGGUAAAUGAAUUGUAUGGUAACCAAACAUAUCCCUUGGGUUUGGGAGAAAUAGAGCCUGAGAUUCAAAAAAAAGGUCCAAUGUACAAAACAACUCUAACUGCCAGUGCCAAAGGGCUAAUUUUUAAGCAUAUAAGCUUUAUCACAUUCUUGAAAAAAAUUAUCCAUAGCUUCAUUCAACUGUUUUAUUUAACCCUUAGUUCUCAGGUGGUUGAUUUUUUUUUAAUGGGUCUUUUUUCAAUAGAGUGCAUAAUAUUGUUUUCUAAAAUCACAUUCCAUAAUUAUUGUGUAAUAACUAUAAAAAAUGAUACGGAAGGUAAAUGGAAUAGCUUCAAUAGGAAUAUAAUUUAAAUUUUUAAAAAAUUUAAGUUUACUUUCAUUGCAGUAAAAGAAAUACGUGGCAUGUAUCUUUCAGCGAAAGGAGCUAUUCUAUGAUUAUUCACUGUCAAUCUUUCUUAUUUUUUUAUCCUUAAACAAUUUCUUCCUUGUGAUACUAAAACUUAUGUAAAUUUGUUGUUUCUGGUCAUGACUAAGUGUAUUAUUUGUCAUGGCUUUUGUGACCAAUUAUGUUUUAAAAUACCAGUUUUGCCUCUGGUUCAAUAUGGCGAGCAUGGAUGCUAAAACUAUUUUUGAACUAGAUCCUUCAUUUUGUUUAAAAUGUUUCUUAUACUUAUGACCAUGGCCAAAUCAGUCUUUUAGAAGGUGCUAUUGCUAACUUUGGAAUAUCUGACAACAUGAAAGCCUUUUUUUUUUUUCCUUUUUAAAUGUUGGUUUUCACUGGAAGAAGGUAUAAAAAGUGGCAGGAUUUACAGCCUGCUCUGUGUCCAAGAUUAGGACUGUAUUGUCAAGAUUUUGUUUUGAAGAAAAGUAAAAGAAAAAUUGCCACAACUAAAUUGACUUUACUAUUCUAAACUCAAGGUUCAUUCCUUAAUGCUUUGAAUUUUGAUGUCUCAAAACCGGAAGAGCUGAAUUCGCAAAAUACCGCUAAGAAUACUUAACUCUGCACUUUAAGGUUUAAGUUUUACUCUGCCUAGACUGAGAAGCAGAGCAGCCCUGAACAAUAUUUUGUUUGUACAAUCUUGUUGGAGAAUAUAAUUUAUGUUUUUUUAAACUCUGCAUCUUUCAUCUCUGUUGAAGCAGUGUAAAUCUUUUUAAAACGUAAUUUUCAAAAAUGUUGUUUUCUAACAAAAUUCUCCCCAGUAUUUCCAAUGGUGAUAGGUAUUGUUAUUAUGUACUUAUGUAUUCCCUGUACCUGAACACUUGUUGCUGCCUCACAAGAAAAUAGAACUUUUAUGUUAAAAAUAAAGUCUGUUCUUCCUGAGA